AUGACGACGUUCACCUCCGUGCCCAGGAGGACGAGGUCCUUCACAAAGCACCUGAUGGACAGUGUCCAGAGAGCAAUCAGAUGCCUGGAAGAGAUGGCCAGCAAGGGGGGACUGAGGGGCUCGGAGCCUAGCAAAGGGAAGGCUAAGGCGGGUAGCUUUGCGGAGAAGACUUAUGAGUGGAGCUCGGAGGAGGAGGAGUCCGUGAGGAAGGCAGGGCCGGUGCAAGUCCUCAUCGUCAAAGAUGACCACUCCUUUGAGCUGGACGAAGCCGCGCUGCACCGCAUCCUCCUCUCGGAGGCCGUCACACUGGCUGUGUCCGUUGCUGGAGCGUUCCGGAAAGGAAAGUCGUUCCUGAUGGACUUCAUGCUGCGAUACAUGUACAAUAAGGAAGCGGUGGACUGGGUUGGAGAUUACAACGAGCCGCUGACCGGCUUCUCCUGGAGGGGAGGGUCUGAGCGGGAGACGACUGGCAUUCAGAUAUGGAGCGAGGUUUUCCUGGUGGACAAGCCCGAUGGUACAAAGGUUGCAGUGUUGCUGAUGGACACGCAGGGGACCUUCGACAGCCAGUCCACCCUGCGGGAUUCGGCCACUGUGUUCGCCCUUAGCACCAUGAUCAGCUCAAUACAGGUAAGGAGGAGGAGAUCUCCAGGGCUCAGUUCCCAAGAGGUGGUGGUAGAAAACCAGCAGCUUGGCAUCAGCCUGGCGCAGCAGCCGGCCCGGGCUCUCGCCCCCUGGAAGAAAAUAGCCCAAGAGGGGGAGCAGCGCUUGCGGGUGUCCCAAGGUUUGGCGGGUCGGCCGCCCCGGCGGAGCGGGCUCCUGCCCGCGCAGCACCUUUUAGCGCCGCCGAACGUCCCGUCCGAACCCACCAGGAAGGAGGAGUCUGGAAAAGCGGCCGUCUGUGGUGGGGACAAGCCCUUCCUCGCACCCAAUGACCUCCAGAGCAAACACACGGAGCUGAAGGAGGAGGCGGUGAAGCUGUUUCGCGGGGUGAAGAAGAUGGGCGGGGAGGAGUUCAGCCGUCGCUACCUCCAGCAGCUGGAGAACGAGAUAGACGAGCUCUACGUCCAGUACAUCAAGCAUAACGACAGCAAGAACAUCUUCCACGCCGCCCGCACCCCUGCCACGCUCUUCGUGGUCAUCUUCAUCACUUACGUGAUAGCUGGAGUGACCGGCUUCAUUGGCCUGGACAUCAUAGCCAGUCUGUGCAACAUGAUCAUGGGCUUGACACUUAUCACACUGUGUACCUGGGCGUACAUCAGAUACUCUGGGGAGUACAGAGAACUGGGCGCAGUAAUAGACCAAGUGGCCGCAGCGUUAUGGGACCAGGCAUUGUACAAACUGUAUAGUGCAGCAGCAACUCACAGACAUUUGUAUCAUCACGCCUUCCCUGCACAGAAAUCAGAAUCUACCGAGGGCUCAGAAAGGAAGAAGAUGUAAGCCAGAAGUUUUCCUGUCAGUGCAUGAACGAGAUGCAUACAUCUAAUCAUCAGUUAAAUACUUUCAUCGGUGUAGCCUUCACAAGCUCCUGCUGUGGAGCAGGGAGAGUGAAGAACAAGUCACUUGUAAGAUGGUUCGAUAUGUUCAUUUUACUUUGACAACACGCUGUUUGAUGGGAAGAUGUAGGCAUGUUUAUCAUUUUGUUAAUAUGUACAUAUUUGUUUUGCUGCAAAUACAAAGUGCUUUUAAUUUGUACUAUCAAGUGUAAUUCCCAGCUAAUUUAUGAACUCUUAUUUUCCACCUUUUUUAAUUGGCAUAAUUUCCAUCAGUGAUCUCAUGAUCAUGUACAUGAUACUGCAACUAAAUACUUCCAGACAAACCCUAGCAUUAUUCAGACGGCAACUUAUUUUCCGAUACUUGAACAAGUGUAACAUGUAAUCAAGGUUUUUCUUUAGUUAACUUUAAGUAGCUCAUGGCAGAUAUGAGCUAAUUACAUCAACAUAAUCAAAAAAAAGUAUUAACUGGCUUUGUCAGAAAUUGUAAGGACACUUCUGCUACAGUAUAUUAAUGACAUUGUAAGGAAAGCAUACAUUUUUGUUCAUAACUAAUGCACAAACUAUCACUUUGUACAUGUAUUUGAGAAAGUUUCACUGUAUUUCUGUAUAUAUAUAUUCAUUAUAGUGCAUAGAAAGUGUGUUCAACAGUUCUAUUCUUUUAUCAUCAAAACUAUUAAAGUUUGCUUUUUGUUCCUAAGAAUUCA